UAUAUUAGAGAACAUUUCCAGUGCUAGACAAGGUUGAUUUUCGUCUGUUGUGCAUCAUAUCAUUUUUUAUUUUGCAAUAUUUAUUCAUUUUCACAUCAGAAAAUCCAAAAAAAUAAUCAAAAUAAAGCCAAAUUCAGUAUUUGAUUGUCCUAUUUAAUGUGUUUUUGAGGAAUUUGUUCAAGUGGUGUGCUACUUAUUUGGAGAAUAAAAACGGAAUUUCUAGGACUUUUUGUGUGAAAUUUUCCCUUCAGUUCAGAAAAUUUCGGGAUCGGUUCGAAUGGAAAAUUAGUUUUUUUUUUCGUUUCCAUUGUGUAUUUAAAAAAAAACGUAAAAUCGGUAAACGGUUAAUGCUGCUAUAGUGACUUUGGACCAUUUUGGAAAUUUACAAUUUUUAUACCAGUUUGGAUGGAGAAUAUUAUACAACAAAUUGAUAUUCCUUAAAAACGCUUCUAUGACCACACAAAGAUAAUUUGUAAAGAAAACAAAAACAAAUCCGAAGAGUGAUUACAUCCAACUUACGGGCUAAAGAAUCGAAUUUUUUAGAAAAACCAACAAAAAAAAAUUAAGAAACAAAAAACAAAAAUUUUUAAAAAAUCAAGAAAUACGGCGUACCUAAAAAAGGACAAUCACACGAACGAAAGAUAAAGACGAGAUCAACAGAAUCAGAAGCGAACUAUUUCCAAAUCCAUCCAAAAUCACAAUGAUAGCAAACGGUUUAGAAGCAAGUCAACAGAAUGGCCGUUCCGGGUCAAUUGGUAGCGCACAAGACGAUGCCAAAACAAAUUUAAUUGUUAAUUAUUUACCACAAACGAUGACACAAGAGGAGGUGAAAUCCUUGUUUUCUAGUAUUGGAGAAGUGGAAAGUUGUAAGCUGAUUAGGGAUAAGGUCACUGGUCAAAGUUUAGGUUAUGGUUUUGUUAAUUAUCAAAGAGCAGAAGAUGCGGAUAAAGCUGUAAGCACAUUUAACGGUCUCAGACUGCAAAACAAGACAAUAAAGGUAUCAUUCGCUCGUCCCAGUUCCGAUGCAAUUAAAGGUGCCAAUCUGUACGUAUCAGGUUUAUCAAAAAGCAUGACACAACAAGACUUGGAAAAUUUAUUUACCCCGUUCGGACAAAUAAUUACAUCACGAAUUUUAUGCGAUAAUAUCACAGGGCUGUCCAAAGGUGUCGGUUUCAUUCGGUUCGAUCAACGAGCAGAAGCCGAACGAGCAAUUCAAUCGCUAAAUGGUACAACACCGAAAGGAGCUACAGAACCAAUUACAGUCAAAUUUGCAAAUAAUCCGAGCAGUAAUUUAAAUAAGGCGUUACCACCGCUAGCUGCUUAUUUAACGCCGCAAUCAAAUCGAAGAUUCGCCGGUCCAAUUCAUCAUCAUCCAACUGGACGAUUUAGAUUUUCGCCUUUAACUGGUGAUCUGCUGGGUAAUGCCAUUCUUCCAACAAACGCCAUCAACGGUUCCGGCUGGUGUAUUUUCGUUUACAAUUUAGCUCCAGAAACUGAAGAAAACGUUUUAUGGCAACUUUUCGGUCCAUUUGGUGCUGUUCAAAGUGUCAAAGUUAUCAAAGACUUACAAACCAAUAAAUGUAAAGGCUUUGGCUUUGUCACUAUGACGAAUUAUGAUGAGGCCGUGGUUGCGAUUCAAUCUCUAAAUGGAUACACACUCGGCAAUCGAGUGCUUCAGGUAAGCUUUAAAACAAACAAUACGAAGAGCAAAGCUAACUAAAUGUAAUUGUUUUUAAGUAAAAAUUUGGAAAAAAAAACAUUUUCUAUUUUAGAAAAUUAAAAAAAAAUAAAUUAAAAAAUGAAAAUUUGAUAAAGCAAUGAAAUUUGUUAAAAAAAAUAAAUUUUUUAGAAAAGAAAAUUGUUUUUAAAGUUGGUUUAAGAAGAAAAAUGACACCAAAUGAAAAAAAAAACAAUUAUGGAAUUAAGGUUGUCGUAUAUAUAGUCAAAAUUUUUAAAGAAAAAAAUGUGCGCACUGUAUUAGUAAACGAAUUUUUUCUUUAAAUUUUUAAAGAAAAAGUACAAAUUUGUAAAAUAAAAAGAUAAAAUUCAAAGAUAGUAAAAAGAAAAACGAUUUAAAUAAGAUAUUGCAAUUGUAAGAUAUCGUAAAUCCUCAGCUAAGACAAGUAGUCCGAGAAAGAACAAUAUUUUUGCAUAUUGAAAAUAACCAAAAGAAAAUAAAAUAGAGAAAACACCCAACAUGAAACUAAAAAGUUCUUUGUUCAAAUCUUAUUUGAAAUGAUAACUUGGUCGAUAGAUUGAACAUCCUUGAUUUGCGAAUCUAUAUUACAGCAAAGAGGAUUGCACAUUUAGACCGUUAUAAAUUGGAAUUUUGUUUCACGCGAAUGUAGCCUUCAAUCGACCCUCGAAGUCAUUGUCAAUCUGAUUUUGACAAGAAUUCUGACUUUCAUUCAAGAUGUAUAUUUGAAUGACCUCAAAAAUUUUGUUCCUUCGUAGACUAAAAACCAACUUUAAAAAUGAUCGAAACAAGAAUUUAAGACACACACAAAAAAAAUGAUAUACCAUUCGAGAUCAACGCGGAAAAAAAUAUUAAAUAAAGUAAAAAAUUAAAAGAAUUUAGUAAAAAUCAUUCAAAAAAAUUGUUUAGAACAAUAAUCAUCUUAACCAAAACAAAAAAAAAUCUUAAAAAGAAAAUUGAUAGUUUUUGCUCUUUCUUAAUGUUUGUGUAAUUUCAUUGAAAAUAUUAAUUAAAAUUAACGAAUAAAUGAAGAAUUGUAAAAUAUGUGUUCGUAAAUUUGGUUUAAAUAACAGAGAACAAAAAGAAGCUAACUAUAGAAUUUCUGUCAGAUAACAAUUUAUUUAAAACAAAACAAUUCUACAUUAACUAAACAACUAAUCAAUUUUACUUAUUUCUUAUAAUUUUUAAAAUUAAAUUAAUUUUCACAUUUAAAAAAAUUCUUCUCACAUUAACAUUAUUAUAUUUAGUGUAUGAGGAAACAGAAAAGAACUACUAAAAGAAUUAAUGAAAAAACUGCUUUAUUAGGAAAAUUAUUGAAUAAACAAAAAGUAUUUUAAGGUUAAAAUUUUAUUGAAAAGUAAAAACAAAAUCUGCAGAUAGUUUGACAGAAGUGACUCUUUGAUUUUGAUGAAAGCACUGAACCAAACACUAGAACAGAUUUUUAUAACGGAAAAUCGAUCUCAAGUAUAGAAUUGCGACUCAAUUCGACGAAACUUGGACUACUUCAUCGAGGACUACUGCCUGUCACUCCUUAAAAUUCCGUUCUCGUGCUUGGUUCAGAGCUAUGCUUUUAUUCUUUUUUCGGACGAAGCAGACAUAACAAAUCAGUAUAAUGAAUACCCCACACACAAUAAUAAUAACUAAACUUACAUAACUAGGGAAGAAAUAAUUUUAGAAAAUAUUUGUUAGAAAUUUGUGCUCAUCCAAAGCAAAAAGCAGAGGCAAACACUCAUACGAAAACAUAAUUUCUCCUAUUUCUCUCGAGUUAUGUAUAUUAUGCUUUCAAUACUAAUCAGACGAAAGAAUGAGCGUACACAUUGAUGAUGUAGCUGCCAUGUACACAGGUCGAUCGCACGGGUGUCGUGAUUUUCCUGACAAAAAAUUCACUACUUCUCAAUCUUUUAAUGACUACAAUUCAUGUCCAAAACCUCAGAACUUUGAGUGAGUGAGGGAACGAACAAAUGAACCUAAAAGUAUGGAGACAAAUAAACGCUGCGCUUAUGACGUAAUGAUUUUUUUUCAACAUCCCCGCGUCAUUUUACCAUCAAAAGUCCAUCUCACAAAAUGCGCUACCGCCCAAUGUAUCUCAUUGUAUUUGACACUUCUAUCGUGCGUUGUGCAUGUGAAAUUAGUUGUUUUCUUAUUAAUUCAUUAAGUGUAACUGCGUAGAUUACGCUGUAUUUUACUGCUGAUUUAUGAUUUAAACAUAAAAAGAAACAAAUUGAAAAGAAAAUUAAGUUUAAAAUACCAUUGAUCUUACCUGAUAACAAAAUCUCGCACAAACUAUCGAUUACGAUUACGUUCCCCUGUUCUAUUCGUUAGGAAAACAGCAAACCGUUUUAAGGUAAUUAGUUUUUGAAAACCAAAACCCAAAAAAGAUCUUCCCGAAAAGAAAUUCCAUGGAGAUUUUUCAUCCAUUCUCUUUUUUACGCAUUCGACGACGGAAUAGAACAGUAAACCAAUUUAAGAGAAAAAGAAAAUGAAAAAGCUAAACAAAAAACAACAAUUUCCAAAAGUAAAUCAAAUAUUUUUUAACUUUAUAUAGCAAAAUUUUUAAAUAGAAAGAACAAAAAAAAUUGAUACACAUCACUUUCACCAAGUGAAUAAGAUAUAGCAAUGAUUUUACGCUUAAAAAAAUGAAUAAAUUAAAAUAAAUUUAUAGCUGUAAGGGAAAAAAUAAAAUAUAAUCUUGUGCAAUAUUUAUAUAAAAAGCAACUUAAAAUGAUGACGAUAAAAAAAAAUGGAGAAUCUACAGCAUUAAUUAAAAACGUUCCUCAUACACGAAAGCAUAACGAAAAAAAGAGAAUUAAAAACUUUUAUUGUUAUUAUAAUUAAAUUUAAACAAACAAAAAAUAUUAUAUUUGAUGCCAUUGGAGCCAUAAUAAUCUUAACUUUUAUCUCAUGAUGGUAAUUAAUUUCAUUACGCACAUAAUUUCUGUUUUCAAAAUAUUUCUAAGUUUAAAUUAAAAAAAAAAAUUGAAGAAAACAAAAAAUAAAAUGUUAAAUAAAAAAAAUACUAACGGUAUGAGACUGGAAUGAUAGAUAAAGUUUAAAAAAAUAAUAUGCAAUUAUAAAGCGACGUGAUAAGAUUUAAAAAAUUUAUAUUAUUUUCCUUUAUUUCAAAUCAUUUAAGGUAAAUGAAAUGGAACUCCUCCAGUUCUGACACUGAAAUGACUGAAAUAAAGGAAAAUGUUAGAAAAAAAAACGAUGAGAUUGGAAGGAAAAUUGAAUGGAAUAAGGUAACAUGGUUGUAAUAUCAGUUGGAAAUUACUUUUAUUAUUUAAAUAGAUAAAUGAAAAGAAAAUAAAAGAAAAACAUUUAGAUGAAAAAGUAACAAACAUAAAAAUGAAAUUAAACAGUGUCAGUAUUCACAAAAGAGCAAAAAGAACGUUUUUUGGAAGAUUUAUUAUUAAAAAAAAAAAAACAAAACAAAAUAAAAUACUCGCUUUCACACGAACAUUUUUAAUUAAAAAAAAUUACAAAAUUAAAAAAUAUUUAUAUCUAUAUAUUUAGCACACGUUUAUUAACAUUCUGUAGUGUUUAUUCCUAUUUUUUUCCCUGAUUAUUUGUGAGUUUAUGAUGUUUGGCCAAAGCUCUAGUCCAAAGAAUAUAUUAAAGACGCAAACCGGUGUGAAAUUUAGCAAUGACUCAAACCAUUAUUGAAAAUUCACAGACAUUUGCAAAAAAUUGCGGUUCUAAGAGAAAAGACGAUCAAAUGCAGACGAAAUAAAGUAUACUUUCAGGUAGGCCCAAGAGUAGUCAGCCCCAUGUUCUUGUUUGUCAUACGAAAUCAAGUGAAUUUUACCACUUGCUACCUGGCGGAGUGGCCUUUAGAAAGUUGAUUUUAUUUAAAGCAGACAAAAUUCUGAAAAGCGUUCUGAAAGUUCUUCUUAUUUGUUCGACAUCAAAUCAAUUAAAUUGAGUAGGGGAGGGCCGGACGAAUACAUCUUCUUAUAGUAGACUUAAAUCUUAUUUCAAUCUUAGUCUUUGUUAUGCUAAUGAUAAAAAACUUCUCAUUAUUUAGCAUGAAUGUUAAGAACUCUAUAUAAGAUACGAAGACCAGAUGACCAUUUGAUGCUGACUUCAUUAUUUGUAGUCUUUAUGGGUUACCGGAGUUGAAAACUUUAAAUGAGAAGAAUGCUGUGGCUGUCUCGUCGUAUUACUUGAAAAGAUGCAUCCUUUAAAAAAUUCACUUUCGACCAGAAAAUUGUACUCGUUGUAAAUACGUACUUGACGUACUUGAAUCUCGUCUUCUAUUUUUCUAUGGAAAACUAAUUUAUGUUCAAGAAUUUUGAUGAAUUUUCAACAAUGACUCAAUUUUUCGCUAGAUUUACCACUGACCUGGGUCGUUGCUUAAUUUUAUGGACUGAAAACUUUCGGUCAAUGUCUUACUCAUGAUUUUCUUUAGUAUUAAAUUGUAUAACCAUAAUGUAUAACGUACAUGUACUUUCUGUUCAGCGAUACAUUAACUUAAACGUAAUGGAUUCAUAUAAAAA